UGAUAAAAAAAAGUUGUUUACAAAUGAGAAGUGGGUUUGGAUUUGAAUUGAAUUAAUGUUUGCAUUCAAUUAAAACACAAUUAAAUCGUGAAUUGAAUGCAAAACAUGUGUUGAAUGUGAGAACCAAUGAUACGAUUGGAGACAUAAUAGUCGUUGAAUUGACCGCUCGUUUGAUUGGUCUCUAAAAUCGGUCCGCAAUUGAAAUCCCGACUUAUUUUCGUCACGUUUUGAAUGCUUUCAUAAUUAAACCAAUUGUUGACCAAUUGUUAACCAAUUGAUCACUCAUUACAUACAUUAUCACCGAAUGGAUCCGCUGUUGUCGUCGGUGUUUGUGAGGCCAGAGGUGAGCGACUUUGCCAUCAUUAUUGGUGACCAACGAAUCAAUGUCCACAAAUCGGUUCUCAUGUCUUCGAGUGAAUACUUCAGCGCUUUAUUCAACUCAGAGAUGAUUGAGACGAAGACAUCGGAGAUAUCACUGAAGGAUACGCUCGUCAAGCCGUUCCUCAUUGUGUUGAAACUGUCUUACGAUAUAUCGAUGACUGACGAGGAAUGGAUGACAUUGAAGAUACAGGAAUUGUUUGAGUCGAUUAUCAUUGCCAGCAAAUACCAGUUCUUGGAGUGCGAGCGCCAACUGUCCGACAAAUUGAUUGAAGUGUUUAAUCAUAGGGUUUGCAACACAGGAGACGCCUCUGCGGUGACGGCGGCCACCGAUGAGGACUCAAUGCUCACUAUUUGGGAACUGUUGGAAAUGGCGAAACUGCAUAAUCUUCUAUACCUCACGGAUCUGUGUCUUCACUUUUUUGAUGAGAACAUCAGUUACGCGUUUAAGACUUUCGAUAAACAGUUCAUAUCUGGCGAUAUAGUGUUGGAUGUGAUCAGUCGGGACACGUUUGGUGCCCACGAGUACGAUAUCUAUCAGUUGGUGAAGAAGUGGAUCCGCAAGUGUCGGAUCCGAUCGAAUCAGAAGUCUGUGGAGGAGUCGUUGCUAUUGGAUAGCGUUCGCCUGAAUCUCAUGUCACUGGAAGAGCUCAAAGAGGUCCAGAAGAAGGGAUUGUACGAAUCGGAACGGCUCGACUACGUGGCCAAACACGAGUCAAACCCAAUUAUGGCUCAAAACAAACGGAUCUGUUAUGAAUCGGGAAAAAUAUUUCGCGCGGAGAACCCGUCCAAUGAAUUGCAUUUACGGGACGAACGGGUGGUCGUCGUGUUCUUCACGUUCGAGCUCUCGAUGCCCUCCAAAAUCAAUCAUCUCUUCUUCAUAAUGAAGCCGACGGACCCUAUUGUCGACCUCAACGCCAAUUACUCUAUACUUAUAGCCGACCGGAUCGGCGACGAUGUGGUCUAUCGGCAAGUGUUGGACUACAAACAGUGCUCAUGUAUUGGCGAACAGGAACUUUAUUUUAAUGAGCCGUUUGUUACGAGUACUAUAAGGAUUGUUGUCGAGUGCGGUGUCCAAGAGGUGAGACCACCGAUUGCCGAAUCUGAAGACCCAACCCGUCAGUUGGCAGCGACCAGUCGGGGACCACCGGAAAGGCGCCGAUUGGCUCGAUGUAGAUAUAUGCCAACACAUCGACAGCACCCGAGCGAACGCAUGUUGACUAUACAAACCAUUUACUACGAGUACAGCAAAAAUCCACUCAAAGUGAUCGAUUCGUUUGUUGUGCCCGACGCUAACGUUUGCCAAAAGCCGGGCUCCCAAUGCCUGUCCACUCAAUUUGAUAUCAUUUUCAGUCAAUUCCUUAAUCGUCUGGUUCUAAACCACAGGGCAUUGGGUGUGCCGUCCGAUGACUCUAACGACAAGUUUGUCAAUUCAUUUGAUGACUUGUUUGAGAUGCGUUUUAGCCCCGAAGAGGUGGAGCGCGACCGCCAGACCGACACAUCUAUGGACAACUUAUUCAAACAGCUCGUC